GGGAGAUAAUCUAUGGGAGGAUGACGAGAAAAGGAUAAACAUGAUUCCGUGGUAUAUCCUGAAGUAUUAUGUUAAGAAACACACCAAGUUCUGUGUGGGGACUGCUUCUUUGUUGUUUCUUACGUUACUAUUUUAUAGAUAUUUCCAGUUGUUUUUAAUGCUAUGGUCGUUCCUCCUAGGUAUAUUGUUAUCAUACUACAGCUUGAGCUCAUCUUCGUUAUUACCAAAUCUGUUAUUUACUUACACACGGAAGAAGAAGACUGGUAACUUAACAGAUGAUGAGUUAACAUUGAUGAAGACAGUAUGUACUGUAUGUGGACAGAGAAAAUGUCCUAGGCAUAGACCAGAAUUGAAUAUUUUGGCAUUCCAGCCAUGGACCAAUUUACAACUGACAGGAAAAACUAAUGAUGCAGUAGAGGAAUUUUUAAACAUUGUAUUAAAGGAGCAUCUAUACACAUGGUACAAAGAUUUAAGCAAAGAUGAAGAAUUUGUAGAUGAUUUGAAGUCAAGUCUCAGAUUUCUUGCAUCUGUUGUACUCAGAAGAGCUAAAAAGGUUGAUAUUGCAAAGAUGGUUAGUGAAAAACUAAUAAGAGCUGGACUCUUACAUUUACAUGUGUAUUUAAAGGCUAAAAGAACAGCACCUUCAGGUUCUGAUCUACAGCUAGAGAGUUUAAAGAUGUUAGGAACUAAUCUACACUGUGCUAUGCUCAGUAGGAAGGCAGAGUUAGAAUAUCUCAGGCGUAUGAUUCAAUCAUUAUUUCCAUAUAUCCUUAAACCGCAAGGUCUACAUUCCAAAUGUACAUGUUCAUUGGUCAGAGAGCUGUUGACUAAUAGUAUUUUACUUCCUGCUUUGGAUGCAAUGGCCAAUCCUGACAUGGUUAAUAAUUUACUGUUGAUAUUUCUUGAUAAUACUCCGCCACCUGAAGCCACAGAGCCACCAGCUCCUUUUGUACCUUUUCUAGGAACAUUUGCACAGCCACUGGCUAAAAAUAAUUCUUGUUUAAGAUUGGAAUUGAGUGAAGUUAUGAAGCCAGAAAAUUUAUAUUCCUUCAUGCAGUUCCUAAAGUCAGAGGCAGCCAUUAAUGUGUUACAGUUUUGUUUACAAUGUGAUGACUUUAACAAGAAGAUUUUAAACCCUGACCUUUCCCAAGGUGACCUUGUAGAGCUACACAACAUGGCUAAAGAGUUAUACAGAAGCUAUUGCUCACCAUCAGCUCUGGAUAGAAUUAAAUUUGAUGAAGAUAUUGUGAAUGAACUCAGAGAUGUUGUAGAAGGACCAUCAGACCAAGUGAUUAGACUUAGAACAUCAACACCUCUCUUCAAGGCCUAUGAACAUACCUAUGAUUUAUUAGAGAACACAUUCCUACCUCUGUACCACCAAAGUGAUGAUUACUAUAAGAUGAUCUGUGGAACAGUAGUGCCAUCACAAACAAGUAGAUCUACUACAAAACCAAAGAAGAAAGAAUCUGGACUUUCAAACAUUGGGACCAAGAUAAAAGGAGUAUUUAAUAAAACGGGUGACAUGAGACCUUUACCAGAGGCAGACAACUUUGAUGAUGCGGAUACAAUCACUAUAGCAUCGUGUAGUUCUUUAGACGAUGAGAUACCAGAGUGUAUGGCUGUUGAUGGAACAUUCCAGGAAUUCCACCCCCCUGAUCUCAGUACAUGGAGGGUGUCCAUUCCUAGACUAGGGGCCAGACCUGACCCUGACAAUCCUAGAAAACAAUACUUUGUCUUCAUCAUUGAUAUUAGACGAGUAGAUGAUGUAUCUAAAGAUAAAUCAGGAAGAGCAAACUGGGUUGUAGCAAGGAGAUACAAUGAAUUUUAUGCUUUAGAGAGCAAACUUUUAGAAUUCCAUGGUGAAUUGAUGCAGGACUGUCAGUUACCAGCUAAAAAAUCUUUUGGUACCAGUAAACAUGAGUUUAUAGAUGGCAAAAGGGACCAGUUUGAACAAUAUUUACAAAAACUAUUAACAAAGCCUUACCUAAAGGGAAGUCAGUUAUUGUAUAACUUUCUCACAUCAGAAGAUGAAUUUACCACAAAGUUCCUUCCUGACAUUAAACUAGGGAAAAUGAUGAAAUCCAUAAUUGUGAAAGAGAAGGGACAACACUUAGAAACAUUCCUACAGACAUUAGAACAGUCAACCAUAGCAGAGAAACCAAGAUCUGGUAAACCAGAGAGGCGAGGAUCAGAUGUGUCUAUAAGAUCAACAUCCAGUGAGGUUCUGUGUAACAGUGUGUACGAAAACAAUGCUGGGUACUCCACAGAUAGCUUAGCCUCAACUUGGAGUCUGGAAGGAAGUGUCAAGUCAGAGACCUCUGGUGGUGGUGAAGAUCAAACUGUAGAAUACCAGGAUUUAGAUGGGAUAUGUGAUGUACUGAUUUAUAUUGCCAGAUAUGUUUAUAAGAUACCAGAUUGGUUCCACCAUUUAUUAUUCACUGCCAGAAUGCUGUUUAAAAAUACUCUAGAGAAUUAUUUAGAAUGGUACAUCGACUAUAAAAUAGGGACUGUUACACAGGAACAUAGGGUUGUGGCUAUUAUACAUUUACUCAGAGAUGUGUUAUUCUUUGAUUCAGAUUCACCUAGAACUGAUGAACAGAAGAAAGAAAGAUACCAUAAAACAUUAGCUGAAGCUUUGAAAUUCUUGCCUAAGCCAUUCAGUAAAGUUGUAGGAGAAUCAAACUUUGAACAUGGAACAAAGUUAAUUGUUGAUAUUUUACAACAACCAAAGUUAAAUAAACAGUUAUCUUAUGUGUUCCUUGAUAUUUUCAUACAAGAACUGUUCCCAGAAUUGAGAGGAUGAAAUUGACCAACGGAUGAAACUGACCAAUCAGUGUUGUGUUGAGAGGACAAAACUGACCAAUCAGUGUUGUGUUCAUGUGAUUACUUUAUGUGCAAUCAAAAGAUUUAUUCAAACUUUAUGUGUCACUGUCACAUUUAGAAUACCACCAUGUAUUGAAACUUAUUAUUGUCGGUAUUUUUUUAAUUUAAUUUACUAUCUUUUAUGAUUACACAUG